AUGUUGCCCACACCACACCUCAAGGAUGUCGAUUACGAGAAAAUCUACGAACCUUCGGAGGACUCCUUCUACCUACUAGACUGCUUGGAAGACCAGAAGCUGUAUCUAGAGAGCAAAUUCAAGAAUCAUGUUCCGGUGGUUGUUGAGAUCGGCACGGGAUCAGGCAUAAUCACGACGUUUCUCCUCCAGUGCAUCCUACAAGAGGCAUUAUACAUGGCCACAGACGUCAAUCCGAGCGCGUGCACAUGCGUGCUAAAGACCGCGUCGCACAACUGUCCCCACCGGGCGCAUUUGGUGGACUCUUUGCAGAUGAGUUUGGCCUCGGCCGUGCGACCGAACACAGUCGACAUUCUCGUGUUCAACCCGCCCUACGUUCCAGCGGAAGAAGUUCCCGAGUUGCUGCCUGAUGAUACCAAAGACACGCAAUGGCUAGACUUGGCGUUGCUUGGCGGCGAGGAUGGAAUGGUGACGACGUGGAAAGUCUUGAAUGGCUUGGACAGCAUACUUAGUGCUGGGGGGGUUGCUUAUAUAUUGUUUUGCGCGCGAAAUCACCCCGAGUCUGUUGCGCAACAGAUGCAACGGAGAGGCUGGAAGGUUGAUGUUAUCAUUCAUAAAAAAGCUGGUUGGGAGGUGUUGAGUAUACUUCGGUUCUUAAAAGCUUGA